CCGUGUAACUUUCGUUUAGGCCACUAUCGUAGCCCUAGCUUGUCCUCACGACCCAUAGAUAUCCCGAGCCGCCCGACCCAACGAGAUGCAUCCCGCGGAUCUCUCAUGGACACGUUAGCAUGCGCAGAGGCCACGUGCCUGUGGCUUACAGAGAAGUUCACCAACUGUCAGGCGACGCUGCAAAAGCUUGAAUCGGAGGGCAAGUCAGACCUUAAGCUCGCGCACAACCUUCUCGUCGUUGAGCACGCCAUCCUCGGCGGUGCGGAGGCGGAGCGCAUCGCCUCCCAGCUCGAGCUAAUCUCGAAUGACAAGCUUACAGCCGAAGAGGGCUGUAGCGGCACCCCGGCAGCCGCCGCCGCUGCAGCAGCAGCAGCAGCAGUACCUGCUGCUGGCGGCGGUGCUGGUGAGACUGGAGGCAGCUCAGCCUCAGCAGUAGCCGCUGGCGGGGGCAGCAGUAGCAGCAGCAGCAGCACUACCGCCAUCGCGAGCCGGUCCCGUUCGUCCAGUAAUUUGGAGCCGCUGCCGCUGGUCCCCGUACGAGAUGACUUGGCGAUCGCACAGCUUAACAGGGCCGUGUUGAUGUACCACAAGCACCGAUACGCCUCCGCCGCAGCGAUACUGGAGCCGCUGGCGGCCAAUGUUGAAGCGCUGGCGGAAGGGACUGCCGUACGAGUGCUGACGCUGCUGCUGGACAUCUACAUCGAGGGCCGUCAGCUUCCGCGCGCCGUCGCGCUGCUGUACCGCUUCGAGCGGCUGUACGGCACCCUGGCGGAGGCUUACGCUGCGGACCGGCCGCCGUACACGCCAUCGGUGCCGCCGCCGGACCGUCCGCUUGCCUCCCCCGACCUGAAGCUCCUGAUUAAGCUCUACCGCACCCGGCUGCACGCGCUGGCGCACAACACCCGCGCCGCGAAGAGGGAGUUGAAGGCCGUCUGGAGCGCCCUGCAGCAGCAGCAGCAGCAACAACACCCGCACACAGUGCAGCAGCAGCAGCAGCAGCAGCAGCAGCAACACCCGCACACAGUGCUGCAGCAGCAGCAGCAGCAGCAGCCAUUGUUGCCGCAGCAGCAUGAGCCACUGCAGCAUCAGCUUUCCAGUCAACUGAAUCAGCAGCCACAGCAGCAGUCGUAUGAAGAUGGCGACGGUGGUAGCAGCGGCGGCAGCGGCGGCCCUACCUCAGUCCCUGCUGCGUCGCUACCGCUCUUGUUGUCCGCCACAGCCACAGCCGCAGCCACAGCCGCCGGCAGCAGCGGUAGCGGUAGCGGUUGCAGUAACAGCAGCAGUAGCAGUAGUCCCGGCGGUGCGGAGGCGCUGCUUCUCCAGUCCGUCCGCGCCCAGUUGGAGAUGUACAGGGGCCGCUCCAGGAAGGCGGCAAAGCUGCUGCUGGCGAUGAUGCAGGACCCCGCGCUAUCCGGAUCUUACCGGCCGCUGUUGCUCAACAACUUGGGACUCGUACAUCACCAGCAGGGAAAGCACGCCCUGGCGCUGCUGUACUUAUCGCAGGCUCUGGCGGCGGCGUCAACACAGACAGCGGCGGCAUCUACGUCGUCGGCGCGGCCGCGGCUGGGUUCUGAGACAGAGGUGCAGCAGCAGGGGCAGCAACAACAACAGGGGCAGCGGCAACAACAGGGGCAGGGCGCCGGCGGCGGCGGCGACAGGGAGGGUAGCGGUAGUAGUAGUGGGGGCGCUGUGCCGGCGGCGGCGGCGGCGCCGUCGCCGGCUAUAGUUUCGGUGCCGGUUCCUGCGGUGAUGUACAAUGCGGGCCUGCAGCACUUGAUGUUGCAAAACUACCUGGCGGCUCGGAGGUGUUUUGCGGCUGCCGCCUCGCACUACGUGAACACGGUAUGUGGCGACACGCCGCUGCUGUGGCUGCGAUCCGCAGAGGCAGCUCUGGGCCUCUACCGCCAAGUCCAGCAGCAACAGCAGCAACAGCAGCAACAGCAGCAGCGUUGGAGGCGGAAGCUACCAACAGCCGAUGGUGCUACUGCUGCUACAGCCGCCGCCGGGGUGUCUGGCACCGGUCCAAGUCCGCAAUCGAUAGAAGGGUUGUUGGGUUUGGGGGAGGAGGCGGGAGGCGGCGGCGGCGCAAUGGCGGCGGUGGCGGUGCUGCUAAAGCAAAAGCAGCAGCAGCCGGAGGGUCGCUUGAUGUUGGCACCGUGCGCGGCGCCGUCCGCCCCUUUGGGGGAGACCUCGGGCGGGUCGCCCUGUGCAUCUGAGUUGCUAUCGGAGGCGGUGGUGGCGUUACAGACGGCGUUACAGCAGCUGGAGGCCCAGCAGGAGGCGCACGAACAGUGGCAGAGCAGCAACAGCAAACUGGAGGAGGGGCUGUCCCUCACCCCCUCUCAGCCGCUUCCACUGGCCGGAUGUGCGACCGCCGCCGCCGCCUCCACUGCGGCGACGUCCAUAUCUACCGCCGCCGCCGCCGCCGCCAGCGCCAGCGGCCCAGUGCCAACCGCAACCGCAGCUGGAGCUGGCAGUGGCAGUAGCAGUAGCAGCGGUGGCAGUAACGGCGGCAGCGGCGGUGACGCCGGCGUUGGAUCUCAGGGGGGGGUGGCGGCGGUUUCUGGUUCCGGAGAGCCGUACAACGCGCCGCCGCCGCCGCCGCAGCAGCAGCAGCUUUUGCGGCCGCCGUCACUGCAGCAGCUCAAUCAGGCUGAGCAGCAGCAGCAGCAGCAGCCGCAACAAUCGUCGAGCCAUCAGGUACAGCGUCCCGUGGGUCAGGUCAACGGCAGCGGAGGUGGCGGCGGAGGCGAGGAGGUUACCAACGGUGUGCAUGAGCCCCAGGGGACAGACGCCAGCGCAGCUCUCUCUGAGGAGCUGUGUGCUGUACGGCGUGCCGUACUCGCCAACCUGUCGUACGCGCACCUCCUAGCGGAGGACUGCGGUACCGGACGCGGCGCCGUCGCCGCCACGACUAGCACCGCCGGCGCGAAUGCAUCCUCCGCAUUACCCGCGCCAUCUUCAUCGCCGUCAUCGGCGGCGGCGGUGGCGGCGGCGGCUGAGUAUGCUUUCCUGGCUCACAACUACGCGGCAGAGGCGCUAUGUCACUUGGACAGGCCCGAAGAUGCAGUGGAAUGCCUGUCCUUGUGGUUGAUGACGGCCCAAGAGCGGGAGCAGCAGCAGCAGCAACAGCAGCUGCUGCUGCUGCAACAGCCGCAACAGGGAACCAUUCGGAGCGGCAGCAGCAGCCAGAGGUCAGACGAGGACGGCGGAGGAGCCUUCGGAGGCGCUGGCGCUGGCGGCGGCGGCGGCGGUGCUGCAAUCACUGGCGGCGGCGGCGACGUCGGCGGCACUGCCAAUUUAGGCGCUGUGUUCGCGAGCCAGGGGGAGUUGGAUCAGGCCAAGGCACUUGUACGACAGGCGCUGGCGCUGCAACCCGGAAGUUGGAGCGCCACGCUGCUGCUGGCGUACUGCGAACUGGCGGCGGGCAACACGCCGGCGGCGCUGGGGCUGCUGAAGCGGCCGGCACCGCCGCUGUCCUCCUAA